GGUCAAACAACACACGAUGUCUGGCAACCCUAACAUGCAAAAGAUCGGAAAGCGAAAGGCCCCUGCUGGCCAGAAGCAGCCAGCAUGGCUCUUCCCAGAAGGAAAGCCAAGUGCAGCACCUAAAGCGCAAGCCCAGGACAAGUCGAGAAACAAGAAAGACAAACAACUUGCGAAAGACCUCCUCAAGCGUCGCGCAGAUGGCGAGCCUCCCAAGUCAGCACCACCUUCCCAACUUCUCGAGCUCAUCGGAGCCUUCCUAACCGAAUACGAGUUCACGAACACAAGUCAAGCUUUCAAGACUGAACGCAAGACUCGAGGCGAGAUCGCAGAUGUAUCUGAGGAUGUACCUUCUCUCAGCACGGUCUUCAACGAUUGGUUGAGCUUGAAGGAUCAAGGCAAGGUUUCUGGUCAGAACAGCGGCACCGAAACGGAGAGUACAAAGGCAAAGAAGCAGAAGGUCGCGGCGGAGAAGUCGAAGUUGAAGGAGUUGAGCAGCAGUGAGAGCGACAGCAGUUCUGAUGAUGAUAGCGACGUGGAAAUGGCCGAUGCGCCCCCCACCAAAAAGGUCUCGUCCAAGCGAUCUGUUUCCCCUUCUUCUUCAUCGUCUACUUCAUCCAGCAGUUCGGACAGCGACGCAGAUGAUGAGAAGGAGGUUCCUGCUACCAAAGCAUCUUCACCAAAGCCCAAGGUCAACAACCUGAAGCGCAAGGCAGAGUCCAGCAGCGGAUCAUCUUCCGAAUCCGACUCGAGCUCAGAUGACGAAGCACCAAAGGCAAAGAAAACCAAGACAACAAGCUCAUCAGACAGUGACUCUUCUUCCGACUCCGAUUCCAGCGCUGAUGAGGGUGAUGAAAAAGCUCAAGCUGCAAAAGCUGUCUCUGAAUCUGAUGAGUCCUCUUCAUCUUCAGACUCAAGCUCUGACGACGAUGAGCCAAAGACGGGAAAGGCAGAUGCAGCCGGUAGCUCUUUAGAAAGUGGCUCGUCUUCAGACUCCGAGAGCGACUCUGACUCUGAUUCCUCUACUCAGUCCCUUGCUAAGAAAACUCCCUUGCCAGACUCCGACUCUGAUUCUUCUUCUUCCGACUCAUCCUCAUCCGACAGCGACUCUGAAGAGAAAGACACAAAGAAGCCUGUUCUGAGUUCCGAUACCAGCGCUACACUGUCUGAUGGCCCCAAGAAGACUUCUGACACCUCCGACUCCUCAUCUAGCGAUUCUGAAGAAGAGUCGAAGCCAAAGACUGCUAAGACUGUCACUACCCGCGCACUAUCACCACCAUUGCCUCCGGACCCAGUCAUCAAACAGAAGAAGAAGAUCAACGAGCCAUUCUCUCGAAUCCCGAAGGAUAUCAAGGUCGAUUCCCGUCUCGCCAGCAACGCUUACGUCCCUUACGACUACGCACAAAAGGCACACGAGGAUCUGAUCGUCACGAAGGGCAAGGGUUUCACGAAGGAGAAGAACAAGAAGAAGCGGGGAAGCUAUAAGGGCGGACCGAUUGACAUUGACGGCAAGAAGGGCAUCAAGUUUGAGGACUGAAAGCAUUGGUGGAGAACAAAAGUUUGUGGGACUGGGAGCGAUAGAUGGUUGUUGCAUCAAGGCGUAACGGAGGCAUGAAUGAUGAUACACCUUUCAGCAAACGCUUUGUUUUUUUAUGUCGUAGAUGAUUAGAGACAUGAAUACUGGAUUCUGAAC